AUGGUCUCGAUUCUCGAGGCUGCGCCUCGCGAGCCGUCCGUCAAGUCGAUUGUCUACACUAGCUCUAUUGUCGCCGCCAACGACCACGCAGUCAAGACUGCUUGGGCUCCGCCUCCGCACGCCCCUGAUCACUGGCACAUAGUCUACCAAGCCAGCAAGGUCGAGGCCGAGAAGGCCUUGUGGGCCUUUGUCAAGAAGAACAAGCCUCACUAUACCGUCAACGCCAACCUUGAUGAUGGAAACGAAGAGGUUGGAGCUCUGUUUCAGGCCAUCAUCCAUAUUGAUGUGAAGGAUGUUGCUUUGCUCCAUGUUGCCGCGGUAUUGGAUCCCGAUUGCAACGGAGCACGACUACAAGCAUGGGGUGAACACUGCAACAUGAAUGCAAUCCUUGCCAUCUUGCGGAGGCUUCACCCGGAGAAAGAGUCUAUGAAUGACUUCCCAAACCAGACCGAACUUAGGAUCACCGCUGAAUACGACCAACUGAUUGAAUUGCUCCGCAAGUGGGGAGGCCAGAAUGGAUGGACUCCGCUAAAGAACAGUGUCAUUGAGGAGAUGGAAGGGGCUCUCAAGUGGUUUCCCUGA